GGGUUGGCCACCCUGAUAUGGUGGCUUUAUACCUAAAUCUUAUUUUCACAUAAUUGUAUUUAUUACAAUGCACGGGUAGGAGGAAGAAAGUUGAAAUUAUUCCUUUCUAAUUACUGGAGCAAUAUUCUUGAGAUGACUGCUGCAAUGAAGUGGAAGACUUAUAUAGCAUACCACUCAUUUGAGUUUGCCUAUCUAGUCGUACUUGCUAUCCUGCCGUUUAUUGCAGCUAUACGUAUUGUUGCUACUCUCCUUAUAACUUUCCUCGUGGCGUGUGGAGUGAUUUCUCUGGUCAGGAAGUUAACACGGCGAUGUGUUGAUGUGAAUGGACAGACUGUAAUCAUAUCUGGAUGUGAUACAGGUUUUGGUCAUGCACUGGUAAAGAGAUUAGACUAUCUCGGUUUCACUGUGAUUGCUGGUUGCCUUGAUGACAAAAGUGAAGGUGCUGAGGUUCUACGUAAGUGGAGUGAUUCAGGACGGAUCCAUGUUGUACAGCUUGAUGUUACAUGUGAGGAAUCAGUCGAGAAACUCCGCACUUACGUACAGAAACAUUCCCCAGAAGGUGUGUGGGCUCUAGUGAACAAUGCAGCAGUCAAUUUUGUUGGUGAUGUAGAAUUCUGCACAAUGGAUCAGUUCAGGCAUGUAGCUGAAGUGAACCAGUUUGGAGUGAUCAGACUCACUAAGACAUUCUUGCCAUUAAUUAGAAAAUCAAAAGGAAGAGUUAUUAAUGUAACCAGUGCAAAGGGUCGUAUAUGUCUGCCAAGCAAUGCAGUAUAUGGUGCUACCAAGUAUGCUAUUGAAUCCUUCUCGGAUUGUCUGAGACUGGAGAUGAGAAAGUUUGGUGUCAAUGUAAUCAUUGUGGAACCUGGAGACUUUGGUGGUACCACAGGCAUGCUCAGUGCUAAAACUUUACAGUGGCUCAGGAAUGAGAUGGACACAAUGUGGGACAAUGCUGAGGAAGAUGUAAGGUCCAUAUAUGGCAAGGAUUAUUUUGAGUCUAUUUAUACAGGCACUGUUGAGGCGGCGAAGGAAGCUGCUAAAACGACUGCUGCUGUUAUAGACUGUAUGGAAGAUGCUGUGACAAAUGUGAAACCUAGGAUACGAUAUCUCGUAGACGGAAGCUGUAAAUUGAUUGAUCUCAAUAAUUGGUUGAUAAGAAUUCGUUCCUUCAUCCCAGACAGUUGGUUAGAUUUUCUUCUUGAUUUCAAAUACAACAGAAAUCUUCCACCGGUAGCAGCGAAAUAAUGAUGUGAGAUUCUCCAUACAUACCCAUGACAUUGAUAAAGACAUUCAGAAUUGCCAUGUUCUACUUCCAGUACAAAUAUUUUCAUAGUAAUGAAUUGAUUGUAGAACUGCACAUAAUGUUCUUGCUUGCCUUUGAGUCUAUUUCAUACUUAUAGUUUAAUAAUUUUUAUAAUAAUUGAGCCGUGCCAUGAGAAAACCAACAUAGUGGCUUUGCGACCAGCAUGGAUCCAGACCAGCCUGCACAUCCACGCAGUCUGGUCAGGAUCCAUGCUGUUCGCUUUUAAAGCCUAUUGGUAUUAGAGAUACUGUUAGCGAACAGCAUGGAUCCUGACCAGACUGCGCGGAUGCGCAGGCUGGUCUGGAUCCAUGCUGGUCGCAAACCCACUAUGUUGGUUUUCUCAUGGCACAGCUCAUAUUUUGGUGAAGUAUGAUUUUGCAGUAUUAAUCUUUUGUUAGAAUCAAAAAAAAAAUUUUUUUCACUAUUAGCUGACGACAACUGGUGCUUUUUUAGCUCACCUGUCACAUAGUGACAAGGUGAGCUUUUGUGAUCACGCAGCGUCCGUCGUCCGUCGUCCGUCCGUCCGUCCGUGCGUUCGUGCGUGCGUAAACUUUUGCUUGUGACCACUCUAGAGGUCACAUUUUUCACGGGAUCUUUAUGAAAAUUGGUCAGAAUGUUCACCUUGAUGAUAUCUAGGUCAAGUUUGAAACUGGGUCACGUGCGGUCAAAAACUAGGUCAGUAGGUCUAAAAAUAGAAAAACCUUGUGACCUCUCUAGAGGCCAUAUAUUUCAAAAGAUCUUCAUGAAAAUUGGUCAGAAUGUUUACCUUGAUGAUAUCUAGGUCAAGUUCGAAACUGGGUCACGUGCCUUCAAAAACUAGGUCAGUAGGUCUAAAAAUAGAAAAACCUUGUGACCUCUCUAGAGGCCAUAUAUUUCACAAGAUCUUCAUGAAAAUUGGUCAGAACGUUCAACUUGAUGAUAUCUAGGUCAAGUUCGAAACUGGGUCACGUGCGAUCAAAAAUUAGGUCAGUAGGUCUAAAAAUAGAAAAACCUUGUGACCUCUCUGGAGGCCAUAUAUUACAUGAGAUCUUCAUGAAAAUUGGUCAGAAUGUUCACCUUGAUGAUAUCUAGGUCAAGUUCGAAAGUGGGUCACGUGCCUUCAAAAACUAGGUCAGUAGGUCAAAUAAUAGAAAAACCUUGUGACCUCUCUAAAGGCCAUAUUUUUCAUGGGAUCUGUAUGAAAGUUGGUCUGAUUGUUCAUCUUGAUGAUAUCCAGGUCAAGUUCGAAACAGGGUCAUGUGCGGUCAAAAACUAGGUCAGUAGGUCUAAAAAUAGAAAAACCUUGUGACCUCUCUAGAGGCCAUACUUGUGAAUGGAUCUCCAUAAAAUUUGGUCAGAAUGUUCAUCUUGAUGAUAUCUAGGUCAAGUUCGAAAGUGGGUCACGUGCCAUAAAAAACUAGGUCAGUAGGUCAAAUAAUAAAAAAAACCUUAUGACCUCUCUAGGCCAUACUUUUCUGGGAUCUGUAUGAAAGUUGGUCUGAAUGUUCAUCUUGAUGAUAUCUAGGUCAAGUUUGAAACUGGGUCAGCUGCGUUCAAAAACUAGGUCAGUAGGUUUAAAAUUAGAAAAAUCUUUUGACCUCUCUAGAGGCCAUAUUUUUCAAUGGAUCUUCAUGAAAAUUGAUCUGAAUGUUCACCUUGAUGAUAUCUAGGUCAGUUUCGAAACUGGGUCACGUGCUGUCAAAAACUAGGCCAGUAGGCAUAAAAAUAGAAAAACCUUGUGACCUCUCUAGAGGCCAUAUUUUACAUGAGAUCUUCAUGAAAAUUAGUGAGAAUGUUUACCUUGAUGAUAUCUAGGUCAAGUUCAAAACAGGGUCACGUACCUUCGAAAACUAGGUCAAUAGGUCAAAUAAUAGAAAAACCUUGUGACCUCUCUAGAGACCAUCUUCAUGAAAAUUGGUCAGAAUUUUUUAUCUUGAUAAUAUCUAGGUCAAGUUCAAAACUGGGUCACAUGAGCUCAAAAACUAGGUCACUAUGUCAAAUAAUAGAAAAAACGACGUCAUACUCAAAACCGGGUCAUGUGGGAAGAGGUGAGCGAUUCAGGACCAUCAUGGUCCUCUUGUUUAUCAGUUGUAUUUGAUUUUAGCUUUGAUGUUAUUCUUCCAAUUGAUUCUAGUCACAUGAUUUUUUUCAGUACAGCUUUUGCCAAAAAUGAUGUAAUAUGUUUGUGUGUUCGAUUUUAACCAGUAUAUUUAUUGGAAUUGCAAGUUUUUAAUAAUUUAGUUGUAUUUUUGGUCUAUUUGUUACCAGCCAAGUAUAUUAUCUGUCUCGAGUCAGUGCAAGAGUUCAAAAAACAGUUAACUGUUUUAUGAAUGCCACAUACUUCAGACAAAUUAUCUGUGAUAUAGUGCUAACAACUUUUUGUGUAAACGCGACUAGUAUUGUUAGUUAAAUACAGUUAUACUGACAUUAUUAACAAAAAAAAAUAAGAUGAUGUACAUGUAAAAAUAUGUGAAAGAAAUAACGUCUGUUGCUUCUCCAUUUCAGUAAUCAUUUUUGUUUGUGAUAGGUAUUGAUGAGAUAUUUGUUCUGUUUAAAUACGGGAUGAGAACAAAUACUGAAAUCAAUAUUUGAAUAUUCAGUCUGCCAUAUGCGAAUAUAUUCAAAUAUUCGGCUUGUUUAAUGGAAGCUUUAAAUGCUUAUUGAGUGAUUGGCAUGUACACAGUAUAUUCUGUGUUUAAAAUGUGAAUUAUCAUAAUAAAUAUAGACUAUUGAAUAAAAUGACAAGGGCUGUUUUUUGUCGAGCCCGCUUGCGAUGAGCUAGAUAUAGUCUUCACUUUUGGCAGGUCAGUGUAUGUGCGUGCGUCCGUCGGUGCAUCUGUCCAAUUUUGUCAGUACCAAAACUCUGACAUGCAUGGACCAAUCUUGUUUAUAUUUGGCAUGUAUGUUUAUCUCAGUGAGAAGGAGUGUUGUUGCAAAGUCCUAUGUCAAAGGUCAAGGUCACAGUUGAAGGUCAAAUUGAAGUUUAUCUGGAGCAUUUUUUCUUCAUGCAUGGUGGGAUUUUGAUGUGACUUGGCAUGAAUGUUAACCAUUAUGAGACGGAGUGUCAUGGACAAGAACCAGGUCCCUAGGUAUAAGGUCAAGCUCACAGAGGUGAAAGGUUCUGGCAGGCUCGACAUUCUGCACAUUGGCAUGCAGAAUGUAUUUAUAGUUUCAGUCAAGAAAUGGGAAAUCAAAUAAAUAAACAUUGAUAUUUUUUUUUACAUGCAUAAAUUUAAGUGUAAACUUUUAUUCAGUUGUAGCUUAUACAGCUACAAAAUGGUCACAAUCAUAAACAUAUGGUAACUACAUAUAGAUCUACAUGUAUAUAGUAUCCGUUAAUUUAUCAAAGUAUCAAAUCAAUAGGUGUGGAUGCAAUUCAGUUUCUGAUACAUUAAUCUGCUUAUGCAAUGUUACAUAAAAGUGGCACCAGUUAAAAUGAACAAAAGAUAAAAAGGCAUCACAUUUACACCUGUUGCACACUGUUAUCCAUAUUGAUGGCCCCUGCCAAUUACGCAUUGCAAUUUUCUUGUUAACUGGACAGUUCUUGACAUGUGCUAAAACACAACAGAAUAAACAGUUUUAUUGUUGAGCCUGCUUUAAUGUUUAACUCAAUGUGACUGACUCAAUCUCAAAGGUCAAGGUCACAGGGGUCAAAGGGUGGGCUUGACAUGUUGCCUGUGAGAAUCUAGUUCUGCAUUAUAAGCAUGCUUAGAAGAUCAAAAUCAACGAUACCUAUUUUUUUUUAAAAAAAAACUAUACAUUUAUUUAUGAAUAGUUGAAUUUGAUUUUCAUUUUCAAAUAUUUGUCCUAUUUUCGAAUAUUCGUUCCCAUCCUAAGUUUAAAUGAAAUACUUUGCAUUUUGUUUUAGGACUAGUAUGUGCUUUAUUACUUUCGUGUGUAAAUUUAGUCAGAUUUAUUUUAUAUUUUAUUUACACGUGUAUGAGGGUCAUUCACAAAAUAUCUAGACUGAUAUCACAACUUCAAAUUUAGCCAACCAAGAUGGUCUUUGAUUUGUAUUGUUAUGAAGAAUAAUGUAUCAGCUACAAAUGUGCCAGAUAUACUGGGCUUCACUGAAAAGUUACCUCUUAUAUAUACCUCAUUUUUUAUACAUUAUUAACGUCGCCUUUUUAUGGCCUGUGCGCGGUAUAUCACUCACAGACCCUGUCUGAUUAUGUCAUGUCUCAACGUUUUUCUCUUAGUCUGUCCACUAACUUUCAAGUGAGAUGAAUGAUUUGCGAUAAAAGUUGCAUACAUGUCAACUUUGCUUGGAAAAGUCAUUUUGCACAUGCAGGCUGUGACUCAAAUGGAGUUAAUUAAAUUUGUCAAAUCUUUACACCAGUGUCUACUCAGUUGGGUCAAAAACAUCGUCGAGUUGUGCUUUUAACACAGUUCUGUGCGAUUUUCAAAAUGUAAGGGUCAAUAGAGUGGUAACUUUUCAGUGAUGCUGAGUAUAUGAAGUUGUUAUCAUACAUUAUAUUUGUUAUGUUGUCAGUUGUUAAAGGAAGGGACAUAGAUCUAGGUGCUGCGGGGGCAUUUGUCACCAUUAGUGACAGCUCUUUUUGCAUUAUGCCUUAUCAUUAUAAAAAUUUUGACAGUUGAUGAUGAGCAAUCUUUUGAAAGUUAUCAAAACACUGGAGGGCCUUUAGUGUGUUAUUAAAAUUAUUAAAUAACCUCUAAUUUUGAUGACAUUGUUCUAUCUUGAGAAGUAAACCUGUUUGUGGAUAUGUUACUAAUUAAAACAGUACUUAACUGCACAUUAAAAGGGAACAAAGUUAUAGAGCCAGUCUAGGUAUUUAUUGAACACCCCUCAUAAACACCUCUAGUAUACAUGUAAUUGGUUUGCUUUUGUAUUUAAUAUUGUUUUAUAUUGUUCUGUGAUACUAUUGUCAAUUUUACAAGUACAGUGGAACACUGCUUGCUGUCAAGUAACAAGGCUGUCUCAAGCUGUCUCACGUAAUCUGAAGCUGUCGUCCUUACAUGUGCUAUGUUUAGAUCACACGAAAGCCUGGAUUACAUGCACAUUUUGUUCAUAUCCUUGUGGCUGUCUCAAGCAAUUCAUGAAGUCUGCAGCAGUCUACCUCAUAUUGUCCAAGUUUGAAUUGCUUGUAACCCGGUUAUUUGCACAUUUUGUUCAUCCUCUUAUGACUGUCAGAGUGAUCAGUUUUACUGUACUUGAAGGAACUGCAUCAUCGGAGUUUUAGUAUAUUGGUCAAAAUCAACAGUAUUGUGUCUAGAAUAAGACACUGUAUAUAUGGCAAUGUUUAUAGAACUUCAGUUGCAAAUUGAAUGGAAUUACUGAAAAAUUUAGAGUAUUAUGUUUAGCAUCUUAUUGGAUGGUGCCGUCCCUACAUACUUAUGACUAUGACAUGUGGCAUAUUUUUUAAGCUUACUUGAGCAAUGCUUGGGGCGAGCUGUUGUGAUCACGCUGUGUCCAUCCUUCGUUAACAGUUGUGUUUAAGACAUCCCCUACAAAACCACUGAAUGGAUUUUGAUGAAACUUGGCAUGGAUGUUCCUCUACCAAAGUUGUUCAAAUGGUUCCGCUUGGUUGCAGAGUUAAAAAUAGAAAAAACUUCAAACAGCAUCUCCUAAACCAAUGGUCUGAUUUUGAAGUAAUUUCAUACAAAUUGUCCCAACGUCACCUACCAAGAUUGUUCAAAUUAUAGCCUACCGAUUUGUCAAAAAACAUGGCCACUUUUCCUUUAAUGUUUACAGUGAAAACUUUAAAAAUCUUCUUGUUAGAAACUGCUGGCCAAAUUAUAGAAUAAUUUUACUCAAAUGGUCAUUGUGUGACUCUCUACCAAGGUUGUUCAAAUUAUAACGAUCAAAAAACAUGGUCACUUUUCCUUUUGUUUAUAGUGGAAAUUAAAAAAAUCUUGUGUGAAACUGCUUGCCAGAUUUUAAAAUAAUUUUACACAAAUGGUUCUUGUAUGACCUUCUACAAAUAUUGUUCAAAUUUUUCUAAUUCGUCAACAAAUAUGGCCACCAGAGGGCGUGGUCACUAUUCAUUAACAAUUUCUUUAAACGAUAUCUCCUCCCACACCACAGAAUGGAUUUUGAUGAAACUUUACACAAAUGAUCUCUUGGUAGCCCUCUUUCAAAGUUGUUCAAAUGGUUCCGGUUCAUUGAACAUGAUUUUAUGGGCCUUGAUAUUUGGCAUGUGAUAUCAGAUUUGUAAUUUCUACCGUAAUUAUUCAAAUUAUUGCCCUAGGUUAAAAAUAUGUGAGAAAUGUGUAUAAAAUAAGCUAACAUGGAAGAAACCUAACUCAGUACUAAUACAAACACACUUGAAGUCUUGUACACACGUGAGCGUUUUAGGGUCAAUGACCCUCUUUAAAUUUAAAUCCUGGAUGUAGUUCAGUUAUUGUCUUAUUCUUGGUUGUUGUAUCUGUGAUUAGGUUUAAGGUGAUUUGCAUGGCUUGCCAAACAAAGAAUCAUUAUUAAAAUAUGAGAAAAUCA